AUGACAGGCCUUGUGCCACAGACUGCCCGAGGCGACUUUUGCACGGUGGGCGACCUUGUAGAUAACAUCGACGCGGCUGUGAAGUUGGUGGGGGAGGAUCAUGUGGGGUUCGGCUCCGACUUUCUCAUGGCAGCCUCCUUGGAGGAGACCCUCACGGCGCCGGAAUGGGACGCACAAAGGCAACAAGAGGUUUGUGUCAGCGGCGCGAUUUGGCCGUUCUCCGAUGGCCACAAGGGCUACGAGAACAAUGCCGGCUACAGGAAUGUGACGCGAGGGCUCGUUGCAAAGGGCUACUCGGAUGAGGCUGUUCGAAAAGUGAUGGGCGGCAACUUCCUGCGUGUCUUCCGGGAUGUCGUGGGCUGA